AAAAAUGGCAAAAAAGAACGACAAGAAAAAGUCGACUAAAUCGCCUAUGAAUGAAGUGGUGACAAGAGAGUAUACUAUUAAUUUGCACAAAAGAAUUCAUGACUUACCGUUUAAGAAAAAGGCUCCACGAGCAAUUAGAGAAAUAAAAAAAUUUGCCAAGAAAAUGAUGGGCACUACUGAUGUUCGAAUAGAUACUGGUUUGAACAAAUAUGUGUGGUCUCACGGUAUUCGCAAUGUUCCUCGUCGUGCUAGAGUUCGCUUAGCUCGUCGUAGAAACGAAGAUGAAGAUUCUGCAAACAAAUUAUAUACUCUGGUAACCGUUGUCAAAGUUGACUCCUUCAAAAAACUCCAAACCAUUAAUGUUGAAGCUGAAGAUUAAUGCCGUUACUUGAA